AUGAGUGUCCACAACUUGAGAAUCUUCUCCCAGAAUGAUCGGUCUACGAAUCGCUCAUUUGGUCAUGUCAACAGUGAAAGUCACAGUCCAACUAUCGUCGAUUGGCGGACAUACGACGUCAUCACGCUCGAGCAGAUGUCGAGGGAUGACCUGGAAAACAGAAUUUGGAUGCUUGUCAACAUGCUGAAAUCUGCUCGCCCAGGCUGCUUCAGAGUGCUGGAAUGUCUUGGUUAUUUUGAGGAUAACACAGGCCCAAGGUUUGGUCUGGUGUUUCAGUAUCCCCACGACCCGGACCCGAUCUACCCUCUCCAACCUCUAACGCUCCAUCAAAUAAUGAACAGAGCAGAAAAUAUUCCAUCCCUUGAAGAGCGAUUUGGCCUGGCUCAUUUUCUUGCAGGCUGCUUGCACGAGUUCCUUUGUGCCGACUGGCUGCAUAAAAGUAUUGAUUCAUACAACCUACUGUUUUUCCAGAGAUCCGAUGGCAGAUCCGGCCGGGUUUCAUUGCAGGACCCCUACUUCGCUGGGUUUGCUCUGGCUCGUCCAGAUGGUACCAACAUUCAGACAUAG